AUGGGCAUACUAUUCGCCCUCAUGACCAUCGCGUCCGCCAUUGGUCCACUGAUCGGCGGCGCCCUCGCGGAGCACGGUGCCUGGAGAUGGAUCUUCUACCUCAACCUGCCCAUCGGCGCCUCCGCCCUCCUACUCCUCUUCACCUUCCUGCGCGUCUCCCACAAGCCCAGCCUCACCCCGCGCGCGCAGCUCCGCCACAUCGACCUCAUCGGCAACACCAUCCUCAUCGCCUCCACCACCCUAACCCAAUACGCCCUGACCUACGCCGGCUCGCGCUACGCCUGGAACGACCCGCACACCACCAUCCCCCUCGCCACCGGCCUGACCGCCCUCCUCAUCCUCUUCCCCCUCUUCGAACGUAGCAGCAGCAGCAGCCCGCGCCUCUGCCCGCACCCGGUGAUCCCGCCGCACGUGCUCGGCAACCGCACGUCCGCCGCCGCCUUCUUCGUCACCUUCAACCACGCCGUGCUGGCCGUCUGGAUCACGUACUUCUUCCCCUUGUACUUCCAGGCCGUGCUGGGCGCCACGCCGCAGCGCUCCGGCGUGCAGCUGCUGCCGCUCGUCUUCGUCUUCCCGGCCGUCGCGGCGGCAGUCGGCGUGUUGAUUGCGCGGACGGGGCGGUUUCGUCCCGCGCAUUUUGGCGGGCUGGCUGUGCUGGGGGUGGGGGUGGGGUGCUGCUCGCUGCUCGGUGGUGCUGGAGAUGGUGACUGGCCGUGGAUCGUCCUGCAGAUGCUGGUGGCGGCUGGCUUGGGCGCGGUGAUGCCGGCGCUGCUGCCGGCGGUGCAGGCUGAGCUGCGCGAUGCGGACGCUGCGGCAAGCACGGCGGCGUGGGCGUUUGUGCGUUCGCUCGGGACUGUUUGGGGCGUGGCUAUCCCGGCAGCGGUGUUCAAUAAUCGUUUCCGCGAGCUGCUGGAUGAGCGGGUGGAUAUUGAGCCUGGGGCGAGAGCGGCGCUGAGGGGCGGGAGUGCGUAUGAGCAUGCGACAAAGGUUUUUGUUGAGUCCUUUCAGAAAGAGGAGACUCGGGCACAGGUUGUUAGUUUGUAUGCGGAUAGUUUGAAGCGGAUGUGGCAGAUUGGCGUAGUGUUUGCUGGUCUCUCUUUCUUGGCUGUAUUCUUUGAAAGGCCGGUCCUUUUGAGGAAGGAGCUGGAGACUGAAUUUGGAUUGGAAAGGUCAGAGAAGGGUUUACAAACUGUUGCGGUACCUUCAUCACAGGACGAGGCUCGGAUGGUUUGA